AUGGUUCGCAAACUCAAGUACCAUGAACAAAAGUUACUCAAGAAAGUCGAUUUCCUUCAGUGGAAAGGCGAAAAUAAUGUUCGAGAAAUUCAAGUUAUACGCCGAUAUCACCUACAACAACGGGAAGACUAUCAUAAAUACAAUAAACUAUGCGGUUCGAUAAAAAAGCUGGCCAAUCGAAUCUCUCUUUUGGAUCCACGUGAUCCUUUUAGACAAAAACAAGAGACUGCCCUGUUGGAAAAAUUAUACCAGAUGGGCCUGAUAACGGCCAAUAAACAGUUUAGUCAAGUGGACAAGAUUACCGUGUCUUCCUUUUGUAGGCGACGGCUUCCCAUAGUGAUGUGUCGGCUGAAAAUGGCGGAAACGGUCAAAGAGGCUGUCACGUUCGUCGAGCAAGGUCAUGUUCGGGUUGGACCGGAAACUGUUACCGACCCUGCAUACCUGGUCACAAGAAAUCUCGAAGAUUUUGUCACGUGGGUGGACACUUCAAAGAUCAAGCGCAAGAUCAUGAAGUACAAUGAUAAGCUUGAUGACUUUGACUUAUUAUAA